AUGGAUCAUGUUGCUGAGGACGUCGAACAGUUUCUUUGCUCCAUGUUCGGAAACGAGUCGGAGAUAAGUUUGGGUGUGAUUAAAGAAGUCCUUGGUCGGUGUGGGUACGAGGUUGAAAAGGCCUUGGAUGCGUUGCUCGAUCUAUCUUCUUCCUCAAGGAAGAAACAGUGCGCUUCAGAACAUUCCCGCAAGAACUAUGCCGAGGUUCUUGUUGGUCCUCCUAAAGCUCACAGUGAAAAUCUUUCCCAGAUGGUGAUGGCAUCUUUGUUUAACAACUCCAAGAGAAAUCAUCAAGAUCAAAAACCAAGAACUAUGGAUUCUUGCAAGCACAGUGUCAAGAAAUCGCAAGAAUCUUUGGUGCCCAAGUUUGGUGUUGCUAAGGGAGCUGAAUAUGAUGCAUGUAGAAGUACUGCAAAGCAGCACUGGGAUUCAGCGAAGUCCUACAAUGAGAAAGCUGCCACGGGGUAUUCAAAUGGAUCUCGGGCAUACGUAAGUUAUCUAUCGGAGCAGGCCAAGGCAAAAAUGGCAACAGAAGCGGACGAAAAAGCAAGCUAG